CUUCAGUUCAUUCAAAGUGGCUCCUCUCAGCACAAAACCAUUCAAAGCACAACUCACUGUUUCACAGCCAGAGGCACAUUAAACAUUGCAGAUCACCUGAAUAAAUAAGAUGAAGCUGCGGUGGGGUUGGACGUGUCUCUUGCUGCUGUGUGUCGCCAUGGUAACAUGGUCCCAGGAGGAAGAGCUGGACGAUGAAGAGGAGGUACAAAUGGAGGACGAGGAGGUGGAUUCGGAGGCGGAUGACAGCAGUGAAGUAAAAGCUGAUGCUAACGUGUCCUUUCAGGUGACGUAUAAGACCCCUGUACCAACUGGUGAAGUUUUCUUCUCUGAGACAUUCGAUGAUGGAUCUCUCAGCAGAUGGACGAAGUCUAAAACAAUGAAAGAGGAUGCUGAUGAGGAUAUUGCUAAGUAUGAUGGCAAGUGGGAGAUCGAGGCCCUGAAAGAGAACAAAGUGCCUGGUGAUCUGGGCUUGGUACUGAAGUCUCGCGCGAAGCACCAUGCCAUUGCAGCUCUUUUGAACAAACCUUACAUCUUCAAGGACAGGCCGCUCGUGGUCCAGUAUGAGGUCAAUUUUCAGGAUGGCAUUGACUGCGGGGGUGCCUACAUCAAACUACUGUCUGACUCUCCUGACUUGGAUUUGGAGCAGUUUCAUGAUCGCACAUCGUACAGUAUUAUGUUUGGACCAGAUAAGUGUGGAGAGGACUACAAACUGCACUUCAUCUUCAGGCACAAGAACCCUCUCAAUGGAGAUUUUGAAGAGAAACAUGCCAAGCGAGCAGACACUGACCUCAGAAAGGUGUACUCUGACAAGAAGACUCACCUCUACACCCUUGUUCUUAACCCAGAUAAUAGCUACGAAAUAUUUAUCGACCAAUCCAGCGUUAGCAAAGGAAGCUUGCUGACUGACGUGAUUCCACCAGUGAACCCACCUAAAGAGAUUGAUGAUCCCAAAGACUCCAAACCAGAUGACUGGGAUGAGAGAGCAAAGAUUCCUGACCCAGAAGCAGUCAAGCCUGAUGAUUGGGAUGAGGAUGCUCCAGCAAUGGUGCCAGAUUCUGAUGCAGUGAAGCCGGAUGGUUGGCUGGAUGAUGAACCAGAAUUUGUACCAGACCCUACAGCAAAGAAGCCAGAUGACUGGGAUGAGGAGAUGGAUGGUGAGUGGGAGGCUCCUCAGGUGCCAAACACUGCGUGUCAGACUGCACCUGGGUGUGGGGAGUGGAAACCCCCCACCAUCAGUAACCCCCAGUACAAGGGCAAGUGGAAGGCCCCACUCAUAGACAACCCCAACUACCAGGGUGUGUGGAGUCCUCGUAAGAUUUUGAAUCCAGACUAUUUCGAGGAUCUGGAGCCGUUUAAGAUGACUUCAUUCCGGGCCGUGGGGCUGGAGCUGUGGUCCAUGACUUCUGACAUUUACUUUGACAACUUCAUCAUCACUGCUGACAAAGAGGUAGCAGACCGCUGGGCUGCAGACAGCUGGGGGCUCAAGAAACUGGUGGCCAGUGCCAAUGAGCCAGGGGUGUUCAGUCAGCUGACACUGGCAGCAGAGGAGAGACCGUGGCUGUGGGUGAUUUAUAUCCUGACUGUGGGAUUGCCUAUUGGUCUAGGUGUGCUCUUCUGCUGGCCUAAGAAGUCUGAUGAUGAUUACGUCUACAAGAAAAUUGACCCGUCCAAAACUGAGGAUGUAGAAGAGGAGGAAGAAGAAGUGGAAGAGGAGGAGCAGGAGAAAGGAAAGCAAGAGGACCAAGGCAUAGCAGAGGAGAUUGCUGAACCUACUGCAGAAAAGGAGAGCAGGACUGAGGAUGAAAUUGAAGCUACUGGAGGAGAUCCUGCUGCGGAGGAAGAUGAGGAUGAGGAAGAGGAGGCUAGCAAGUCAAAUGACACACCUUCAGAUGAUGAGAUGAAGGAUGCUGAUGAGGGGAUUCAGAAUGCUGGAGAUGGACAUAAACAGGCUGUGAGAAAAAGGAGAGUACGGAAAGACUGAAAAGGCUUUUUCCUUCUCUUUGUCCCUCGUUUUCUCCUCUUCUCCUUUUCUUGUCCUCCCUGCCUUUCUAAAUGCUGCAUGCCCCUGGCUUUGCAAAGUCAACCAGUCCUGCCCUUCACUGGAGCUCUUUCUCCUCCUGCUCUUUCCAGUCUUCCUCUCCACCACUAGUUCUUACUGGUUAUUUUUCAGAUUUAGCUCUACCAAUCAAAACUCUGCUGUACUUCCUCUCUUGAGAUUUUUUGAAGGAGUAGCAUUGAGGCCAGUUGUUACAAUUGCUAAUGCUAGUUUAAGUACUGUGAUAUAAUAGGAAAAAAAGAUCUUUUAGAAAGAACACACCUCAGAUAACAUUUCAUAAUUAUUUCAAGAAUUGUUCUUUAACUUAUUUAAAAUGAGUCAGCGAGUUUUUUCUGUUUUAAGUUAUGUUUUAAUGUUAUUGAUCAAAAAGCGCACUGAAUAUAUUUAUUGUUUGUAUAUUGUUUGGAAAAUGAAGCAGUUCAAUUGAGUUUGAUGUAGGAUAUUAAGAUCUUGCUUUCCAGCAUGUUGUUUCUUCUCAGAUUAUAGUGAAGGAGAGCUCGGCUUGUGGGAUCUGAAUCUGUAUUCACAUAGCAUCUGAGUAGCAUGGAGUCAAUGUACAUAAACAUAUCUGACAUAUAUAAUCUUUUCCCUUUAGUUCUAAACAGAAAAACAGACUCUUUUCCAUUUUCUCCACAUUUCUUCAUUGCUGCAGCCAUUCCAGCAAAAGAUCAAUUCUCUGUAAGGUAUCUAAACCCACAAAUCUGACGAGGUGAAGAAGAAAAAGCAAAGUGACUUGAGCAUUUCAAAUAUAAUUUCAGUUUUCGAGUUUAUGAUUAGUUUUGGUACUCUGGAUGCUUUGUGAUUACAGCCUCAGUAAUAACUGCAGCAGCACCACGCAGAAUGCUUAUUGCGAACCAUCGUCUCAAAUGAGGUCGAUUCAUGCGUAGGAACUUUUCAACUUUGAGAAUAGAAACGUCUGUCUUGAGCAAUGUACACAGUUUUGUUUGUUUUUCUGCUUUUCUAGUUCAUGUUUUUGCCACACAAGGGCAGCUUCUUGUUUACAUAUGUUUGUAAAUUGUACAUUGCUCUUGGAAAUAAACAUUUAAUACAAAACAUCA